AUGAAGAAUAUUUUACAGAUUGAUCAGUUGGCUUCAAGGAAAGGUCUUGUAAUAGCUGGAUAUUAUUUUGCGAAUGAAAACAUCAAUGACACAAGUAUAGAUAAGCCAGCUCAUCGGAUAGCUGACAAAAUAGCAGAAAACUUUUCAGGUGCCUUACUUGUCGCGCUUGAUAACAAAGAACUCUCAUACAGCAUGAAAUCUAAUCCUUUGAGGGUUUCCCAACACGUGGAUGGAAAGUGGGAAGUCAAAGACAAAUCAAACCUUUCCUAUGAGGGUGGGACUUACGUAUUGGAUUUAGCAUGCUGGCUAUUAAAAUCAGAGAAACAACGCUCUCUCAUCGAUUUUGACAAUCAUCUCGACAAUGUAGCAUUAGAUUUCCAAAAUCAGAAACUCAACGAGAUCAUUGAAAGCACAAAGGAAAGCUAAAUUGCAUUCUUCACAGAUUUCCAGACAUAUUGAAAUGUUUAUUUAUACUGUAAGCAAAAGCGUACCGAACUUCUACCUUUCAACGUGUUCUUUAGAAACUGUAAAUGUAUAUAUUACCUAAGACUUACAAAUAGGUAUUUGUCGUAUUUAAGGAAAAUCAUAUCUGCGUAUCUUUCGAGUGACCGUUUUGUACAGAAUUAAACAGUGAAUUGCGUUUUAUUAAA